AUGGAAGUUGCCAGCAAGAGAGGCCAUCCCAGUCUUUACUGCUGCCAUGCCUGCAAAGGUGACUUGAAUUUGACAUUGCCGGCAUGGUGGCAGAAAGGAGCUGUAAUCUUUCUUGUUGCCGAUGGUUUAUCUUGCCUUAUAAAUUUAUGGAACAGUAUCCUAGAUAGUACUGACAGAUAUGGUGCAGGUAGAUUAGUGGUAUAUCAGAAGCAGGCUUUGCAAUCAAAGCCUCCUUUUGUGACCAUCUCUUGUCAGCAACAAUCAAUGGUGGCAACUGCAAGAAAGUGAUUAUCAAAACUUUUCUUGUUAGAUAGUUGCUCAUGUUUGACAGUUUUGCUUUACAAAGAUUAGUUUGGUCUAUAGCCAGUUGCUGAAAAUAAAUUGUUAUUUUCUCAUAUGAUUUAAAACCAAUCCAGCCAUUCUCCGGAGCCGAGAAGAGAACGGCGCUACAGACAAAGAUCUCCUGAUGGAAGCCGUGAAACUGAUAGAAGUGCACGUAGAAUGCACAUGGAUCGUGAGGAGAACAGAGAAGGAAGGAGGCAAAGAAUAAGUGAACGACUUGGUCCUCGCACCAGAAAAGGUGAUGAGCCCGAAGACAAUGAUGACAAGGAUGAUCGUGGGUCGAGAUGGAAGCAAAGAAAUGAGCGAUUUUGUAAGUAGGCCUGUGGUACGAUUUUGAGGGAAGGCUAGCAGUAAACAGCAUUUGGAAAAAAGAAGAAUUCUAAGACCAGAAAGCUCAGAAAAAAUUCUGCACUCUGGGUGAAAAUCAGACAUAGAAGGUUUUGGGUGAUAAUAUUUAUAAAUAAUUUUGACAAAUAAUAAUCAAAUACUGAAAAUAAUUUAUGGUGUUAACGUUGCUCAAAAAUAAAAAUAAGUUGGUGUGACAUUUUCACAACAUAAUAUUAACAAAUAAAGCCUUUCAAACCUGUAGCAUUUAAAUUUCUAUUUAUUUUGCAGCAAGAAGAGGCAGAAGCCCACCUUCAUUUGUCAACCAACAAAGACGCACUGUUUUUGACAGACUGGAUAAUGGACCUCCCAGAGGAAGAGGCUUUGAUCAGAGGAUGAUUGAAGUUGAAGUCAAUCCACAGGACGUCCCUCGGGGAAAACGUUACUUCAUGGUAUGUUACUGUUUCUAAAGAAACCAACACAUGUUGCAGUGUUUGGAAAUCUAAUUCGAAUUAUUAUUAUUUUCUUUUUUGACAGCAUGAUGACAGGGAGAUGCCUCGUCGGCAAAAGUUGGACAGAUCAAGAGCACGCUCAAGAAGUCCUUUGUGGGUGCAUGACAGAUUUGAUGACUUAGAAGGAGAGGAGGAACAGGUAACAGAUCAUGCUAAAUAAACACAUGCAUGAAACUACAUUUUAGGAAGCAUCUUACUGUUAACAACUACCCCCAAUGAUCAAUAAAGGAAGAUCAUGACAUUUUUUGUUGUUCACAAAUAAAGAUGGCAAUAGUUUUAUUGAAUAUUAUUUUAUUGACCAAACAGUAUGUUUUGGACAUUGCUGAUCCUAGUACUCAGUAUGAAGAACACUACCACAUAUUAACUUUGUAAAUGGUACUAUCCUUCAUGAGUCUCUCAUUGAUUCAGUGGAUAGGGAAUUGGCAUGCAUGGUGUUUGGGAUGUUUUACAUGUAGAUUCAAGUUCUCUGGGGGACCUGUGAUGUAACUUCCUUUCUCUAAUGCUUGGAAAAUGUUAUUAUUUCAUCUAACCAGGAUGCAAUGAAAGUCAGUUUUACAGCUUGUAUUAGCCUAGCCCGAAAGUCAUUUCAACUAUCCUGAAAAAAAAAAUUGAUGAGCAGGAUUGUUUGCAGUUCUUCUGUAAUUUGAAUUCCCCCCCAAAAUCACUUGCUGAUUGGGCAAGUUAAGAACAGAAUUCACUAGCCCAAUAGCAAAAUCCACUUGCCCCAGGCUACUGGACACCACUUUCUUUGAAUGCUGCUAACUUAAUUUACCCCUUUUGUCAAGCCUCUGAAUUUUCUGAUGCACUAGUUUCUGUGUCUCAAGGUUUUUCCUUUUCUUUUUUUGUCUGAAUCAUGUUACAUCAAAAUAUAUCAAGUAACAGCAGAACCAAGAUCUGGAACACGCUUCCUCUGGCCCUGAGGAGCAAGCAUGAUAUAAAUAAGUUUGGGUUUGGCUUAAAAAGGCACUUUAGAUCCAAGCCAAAUUGAGCCUUCAAUACUUUUGCUAUACUUAGUUGUUCCAAUUUGUUUUAAUCUGUUAUUGUUUUUUGUGUUGUUUUUUUCUUUUCAUCAGGGCCCCUUUCAAACCAUCCUCGCUGAACUGGGCACCCCCGAAUAAAUAUUGUUCAAAAUAAAAAUAAAUAAAUAAAAAUAACAUUUUUAUUAUUAUGAUGAUGACAAUGAUGAUGAUGUAUUUCAUUCAUUAUAAAAUAAUUAUGUUAAUUUUCCUUGAUGAUUUUUAUAUUUUGUAGGAAGAAAAAGGUGAGCCUGAAGGUGAUGACAAGGAAACAGAAACACAAGAUGAAGAAAUCAGUCAAGACCAACAAAGGGAAAGAUUCAGACAAAAUCACCGGAGAAACUAG